ACUUCAGGUAAUAAAAUGAGAUUAACCCUUAUACUUAAGGUGGAAACGGGGCUCGGCAUAGUCAACUUGGGCUUGAUCAAGCAACCGCAUAGCCCAAACUCCUUGGUGCCACCAUCACUCUGUACGCCGUCGCAUCACCCACCGUACUCGCCAAAACGGCGGCGUCAUCGGAGAGUGCACGCCACUGUCUAAUCAUCAAUCGUCGCUGUGCCCACCUCCCACUCACUCCACCCGACCCACGACCGACGACGUAAGGCCCGAAGCGAAGAAACACGGCAAAGAAAACUAACAACUCUCAGCAGUCUCUCUCGUCUUCUUCCUCCGCCAACUGGGGAAAUGGUGUUGAAGGUCCAACAAAGUGAGGGGAAAAGGAGGUCAGCGAGGUUAAGCAGCAUAAACGCGGAGGGAAAGAGAAUCAUUUCAGUAAAGAAGACUAUAACCAAGCAGAAGAAGAAAAGUGCAAGACUUGAUUCCAAGAUACCGAAGAAACCGCCAACUGCUUUCUUCUAUUUCUUGGAGGAUUAUCGUAAGGAACUUCAAGAGCAAAAUCCAGGUGUCAAGCAAAUGCGUGAAAUUGGAAGGGCGGGUGGAGAGAAGUGGAAAACAAUGGCAUAUGAGGAAAAGGUUCAAUAUUAUGAUAUAGCCACGGAGAAACGAGCUGAGUUUGAGAAGGCCAUGGCAGAAUAUGCACAAAGAAAGGAUAGUAAGGAGGAUGAUGAAGAGGAAGAUUGGUCUGACUAAGAUAUCAUGUUUACGUAUGGUGGAUGUACACUAGUUGUAUACAAUUCAUAGGUCCUGGUCGUGUAUCUUUGUAAAACCGCCCAUGCCUGUAUCAUUGUUGUCUAUAUCUGUUCACAAUUCGAUUUUAGUAGCGAGAAUUCAGAUUUUAACAGUUGGGUUUGUGCUUUAUUUAAUGGAAUAUGACAAGUCUAAACCUUACCAGGAACUUCUAGUUUUAACUGUCCCCAGGAAAUUGUAUCGAAUAAUUCAUUUUCGACUCAUGUUCUUGAUUCGUAACAUUUUUCGGUCAA